UCGGGACCUAGCAAGGGAAAGGGUUGGGAGUCGUGAUCCUGGCCCCGGUGUCCCUAGGGACAGGGGGGCGAGUGGGGUCACAAGGCCUCGCCCCGCUGCCUGCUCUGCGCAGCUCUGGCAGAACCUGGAGCUGCUGGGAGCAGGGAGACAGAGCGAUGGACCGAGGGGAGGGGCGGAGUGGACUGUGUGCAGGGCCUGGGGUCGGAGGUCACGGGGACAGUGGGGAAGGUCGUGGGGAAUGGGAACUUUGGAGGCUGCACCCUUCUUAUUGCCUUUGGGUGCGGCAUGAUGGGGCGGGAGGAGCUGAUCGCCAGCCCUGCCCACCCAGAGGUCCCUAGUUAGGGCCAUUGAAAAAGGAGUCCCCCCUCACCCCUUCCCCCCGCCCUGUGAAACCACUGUUGUGGGUGUGUGUGUCUGGCUGACAAUCUGAGGUCUCUAGAAAGAGCAAAAUCUCUGUUUCUCCUGAUGGCCCACAGAUGUUGUGACAGUGACAAGGUGUUUGAAUCCUACCAGUCCCCCUGAGGGACAUUGGAUUCUCCCUUCACCACCAUUCCCCUGACCCCUAACCAUGAGGCCCAACCAGAAUAGUAGGUCAGGUCAGCAGAGGGCUUUAGAUCCCUUUUUAAGUAAUUUUUAAAAAUCAGACUUUUUGUCAAACAAGUUAGGCUCCUGAAAUUGUAGUGGUGCUUAGAGCUAGACAGGUGGGCCACAGGCUUUCUCUCUGUAUCUUUAUGUUCUUUGCUUACUGAAGUUUGUUCAGUGAGUGUGCUUUUCUUCCUUUCCUUCUCCUUCUCCUUCUCCUUCUUCUUCUUCUUCUUCUUUGGAGAGGAUUAUUUUAUGAAUUGUCAAAGUGUAAUUUUCAAAGUGACUGAUUCUCAUGCAAACAUUGAGGACUUGUGAUUUCGUUUUCCUGUUACUGGAUGAUCCAGCGGUGGCAGAGCCCCUGUUAGAGAGAACACAGAAGCUUAGGUGUCUGUAGGGAGUAAGCAGUUGGGAAGCUGAGAUGGCUUUUACUUGGUCACUGUGAUGUGAACAUGUACCCCAUCAUGCCACCAAACCACAGCCCUGGGUCUGAGAAGCAGAGCUGCUUCACAUCUAGGUAGUAGGUAGGACAUACUGUCACUUAUUUGAUCAGUGAUCCUGGGGCAGGGACUGUUCUGCAGUGACAUAUCAGCAUGUGAAAAAGGUUCAAGACGAAUAGAACACAUGAAGAUCCUACAGGUACUUGCACUGACUGAGUUUUCUCAGGCAAGAUACAGUGUAGGGCACCAAACUCCUGUGUUGGCUCUGUAACUACUUGGGUUUAAAAUUUAGGACGAUGAGUCUUCCCAGUGAUGGAGGGACACCAGAGAGCAUUUUUGACCUGGACUAUGCUUCUUGGAAGAUUCGCUCAACACUGGUGGUUGCUGGCUUUGUCUUCUACUUGGGUGUCUUCGUGGUCUGCCACCAGCUAUCAUCCUCCCUGAAUGCCACUUACCGCUCUUUGGUGGCCAAAGAAAAGGUCUUCUGGAACCUGGCAGCUACCCGUGCUGUCUUUGGUGUCCAGAGCACCACUGCAGGUUUGUGGGCUAUGCUGGUGGACCCUGUGCUGCAGGCUGAUAAGGCACUUGGCCAGCAGAACUGGUGCUGGUUUCACGUUACAACAGCCACAGGAUUCUUCUUCUUUGAAAACGUUGCUGUCCACGUGUCCAGUGUGUUCUUUCAGACAUUUGAUCUGUUUUUAGUUGUCCAUCAUCUCUUUGCCUUCCUUGGGUUUCUUGGCUCUGUGAUCAACCUUCAAGCGGGCCACUAUUUAGCCAUGACCACGCUGCUCCUGGAGAUGAGUACCCCCUUCACCUGCAUUUCCUGGAUGCUCCUAAAGGCCGGCUGGUCAGACUCUCUAUUCUGGAAGCUGAACCAGUGGCUGAUGAUCCACAUGUUCCACUGCCGUAUGAUGCUCACCUACCACAUGUGGUGGGUGUGCUUCUGGCACUGGGAUGCCCUGCUCAGCAGCCUCUACCUGCCACAUUUUGCACUUUUCCUCCUGGGAUUGGCCCUCCUCACACUCGUGCUUAACCCCUACUGGACCCACAAGAAGACCCAGCAGCUUCUCAAUCCUGUAGACUGGAACUUUUCACAACCAGAACCUAAAAGCAGCCGGCCCCACAGGACCAACGGCCAGGUGGUACAGAGAAAGGAGCAGUAGCUAUUGGACCAGCCACUCCGUAGCGGUGAUUCCACAGUCCUGUGGGGAUUGCUGCAUGUCAACCUUCCAGCCAGUGAGGUGAAGAGCCUUCACCUGGUGCCCAUCUAAGUGAGACUGACCAUCUCCUACUUUCCUUUCCAAGUAAGCAUCAUUGCCUGUGCUCCAGCCACGCAGGGGGAAAUGCUAAGUACUUCUAACCGGAUUUACUUUUAGAGCAGAUGUCUGCUGUCCUCGUUUCAUGGCCCUAAGUUAGGGCUCAUUCUGAAUGUGUUCCCAUGCCAGGCUGAGUUCGUCUUCCUGCAGGAGCCCCAUUAGAGGUGCUGAGUGUUAGGACGGGUUGGGGGAGGCUACUGCCUGUUACAAAGGCCAUGUGCUGUGGGGCCAAGGCCUUCUCCAUCUAUCCUUUCUAGUCACACUCAGAAGAAUCUAAUGUGCCUUUUUCAGAGAGAUGUAUAUGUAUGAAGUGCCCUAAGUUAGAAAAUAAUAUGAUCUGUUGUCCACUGUUCAAAUGUCCCAGGUGUAAAUUCUAAGAGGCUAGGUGUACAGCAGGUGACAGUGCUUGCCAUCUAGUGGCCUCCCUGUGCUAUGACAAGUUUCUAGGACCAGUGUCGCUUCUAGCUCCUCCAUAGUCAGUCUGGGGAGACAUGUCAUCAAGAAAUGGUACGUGAGACACAAAUUUCAGACUCAUCUUAUAUAUCCCACUUGACAAAGUAAUGUAGAUGUUUGCUUAUCGUAUCUGUCAGAAGGUUUAGAGUUACAAAGUACCUAAUUAAACCAUAACCUACCUUGACUGAUGUUUCUCUCUUGAAUUCAAGAGUAGGUAGUGAUCACUUUCCUCAGUAGCUAUGGAGCAAAGCCCCAGGAAGCUCUUGCAACCUUCAGCAGCAGUCUGGCUUCCAUCAAACUCUUCGUUCCUCACUAUCUAGUGUGGCCCAAAGUGUGUCAUAUUACUGUUGUGCUGAUGGGCUUAUUUGCAGGUGGCACACUUACCUUCACAAGGAGUGUGCAGUUUCAAGUAAAGUUUAUUUUUGCUGUGGGCGGGGGUAGAUAGCAUAAUGGUUAUACAAAGAGACUCUCAUAUUUGAGACUCUAAAGUUCCAGGUUCAAUCCCCCACACCAUCAUAAACCAGAGCUCCGCAGGGCUCUGGUAAAAAAAAGAAAAGAAAUAAAUUUUAUUUUUGUUGAAAGCACCUCUAAAGUGUUUAUGCAGAGCACAUAUUUAUUGGUCAUGAAAAUCAUGUGUCCUUCGAGCUUCUGUAAAACUAAGAUUUUGAUUAUUGGUGCACUUUGUUGAUUAUGUUGUACCUAUUUAUGUCAUUUUAAGAAGAAGCAAAUUAAAUCUUAAAAAUAUCCAGUAGGUGGUGUCUCUGCUCAGCCUGUGUCUGAGACCCUGUGGCACUUUGGUGGCCUCACUGUAUCCUUUCUUCCAGAAGCAGAGAGAACUGGUGUUUUCUAGCUGGGCAUAUGUGUAAUAAAGAGACUGAUGUUUACAGAA